ACGUUCGCCACACCAGACCAUCAUCCCCGAAGUCAGCCAUUCAUUGACCACGUCUUUUCAUUCUCACUCACUCCAGACCAUAAAAUCUGGUUUCGCAAUUUUCAAAUUGUUGACGAAUCGUUACAGCUUCAAGAAAUUGAUUUGUAUUUCAAUCGAAAAAAUGUUUCAGGACCUCGAAUGGUACUCGAGUUGAUACGCAUAUUUGAGGGUUCAUUCGAAGGUGCGGUCUUAUACGAUAACCCAGAUUACGUCAGUCCGAAUAUUGUACGAAGACAGCUGAAAAAAACGGGUGCUGAUAAAUACGUUCAGAGGAAAAUCGUUGAGCAGGGUCGAAAGGAACGACUGGAAGCUAUCAAAGCCGUUCAACUACCAGAUCCAGUCGGAGAGAUAUUCGACACCAGUCGACCAAUCUUGGACCCGGAUGCGAAACAAGUGAAGAAAUUGAUUGAGAGAAAACGAAAACGAAUCAAGAAAAAGAAACGCUUAGGUGAUAAAAAAGCAGAGUAA